UUGUUUGGCUUGACAAUAGAGAGAGAGAGAGAGAGAGAGAGAGAGAGAGAGAGAGAGAGAGAGAGAGAGAGAGAGAGACCGAACACACGCGCAAGUUGCUCUCCAUGCCUUCAGUCUAGCAGCGCGGGCGAUGGAUGUGAGAUUUUAUCCGGCACCUCCUUCAAGCGUGGGCUCCUGUACAUUACCCACCGACACCAGCCUCUCCUCUCUGGACUAUUACCACUGCAACAAGAGCAGAUACAGUGUGGGCGAUCGAGGCGUUAGACUGUACGGAGCUUUACCGGUGAGGACUGACACUGAGGGUAAAAGACUGCCCUCUGCAGGGUUUGAUGGUGACAACAUGUACAUGAGCGAGAACAACCAAGAGUUCCUCUCCCCGAGUCAGCAGAAUUACUCAGGUCAGGGAGGGGGCAAUGGCAACAGCGGAGGAGGAGGAGGAGGUGAUGAAGAUUAUGAGAUCCCCCCCAUAACUCCCCCCAAUCACCCCGAGCCCCAUCUCCUCCACCUUAUGGACCCCGAGUCCAGUUACCUGUGUCACUCCAUUCCUCACAACGGCCUGAUAAACCCGUACUCAUACCCAGAGCUGCCCGCACUUAUGAUGUCAAACAUGCUCACACAGGACGGGCACCUGCUCUCCAGCCAAAUGCCCUCGAUGCCGGCGUUUGGGGGGGGAGCUGGCAGGCAUUACAUCCGCGCCCACCACAGCCCCAUGAUAAACCGAUCCGCCAGGAUACUGCCCCAUCCCAUGAGCGCCCUGUCCCAACUCAGCUCUCAGAUUGGCCAAGGCUCCUUUACCCAUGGUUCCCCUUCAUCACCAGGAAGUCAGUCAGCCACGCCCUCCCCCUCAAGCUCCACCCAGGAAGAGGAAGCAAAGUACCACUUAAAGAUCACAGGAGAGAAGCGGCCAUCCUCUGACAUGAUGAAGCCCAAACCCAAACCUCAGAAGAAGAAGAAGAAGAAGGACCCAAACGAGCCGCAGAAGCCCGUCUCAGCGUACGCGCUGUUUUUCAGGGACACUCAAGCCGCUAUCAAGGGCCAAAACCCCAACGCGACCUUUGGAGAUGUCUCAAAGAUUGUUGCUUCGAUGUGGGACAGUCUGGGAGAGGAACAGAAACAAGCGUACAAACGGAAAACAGAAGCGGCUAAGAAGGAGUACCUGAAGGCCCUUGCAGCGUACCGAGCUAGCCUGGUUUCCAAGACCUACAGUGACCCGGUGGAGAGCAAAAGCACUCAAUCCAGCCAGCCCCCACCGCACAUGAUGCCCCCCAACCCUUCCCUGUACAGCGUACCGCCCCAGCCCUCCUCCCCGUACCUGGGCCCGAGCCCCUUCCCCCUGACAGACCUGCAGAGCUACGCAGCAGGCGCUCCCAGACAUGGGCUGCCCCGGUCGGCCAUGCUGCCCACGCUCAGUGCCUCCCCCCCAGCAUCAUUCCAGAUAAGCCCCCCUCUGCACCAGCAGCUCUCGCUGCACCAGGGAUCCCUCCUCAACCAGCCAAUCCGCAUGCAGCAGGUGCAGUCACAGCCAAUCAUCUCUCACCAGAUGGGCCUUCAGGCUCCGCUGCACUCCCCACCCCCAGGACAGCAGGGAUUUUCUCACUUACAGUCCGAGUAUCAGAAGAGUGUUGGGGGCUCUCAAUCUCCAGGGGCUCCGAACCCAGUGGGGCAGAACCCUGAUUGGGACAGUGAGUACUGCAACCGGGAAUGCGGCGGAAACCACUGCAGUGGCAGUAUGAUAGGCAGGGAUAAGCCACUCUACCUCACUUGAAGCAAAGCAAGGAGACAGAAAAGAGAAAAAAAUGAAACAACACCAGGGAGCCCCGUGCACCUCUCCAGCCCCAUCCCCCGACACCAUCAGUUUUUCCCUCAGUGUCAUUUUAUCAUUCGUUUUUAGAAGGAUGUGUGUGUGUGUACGCGUUCUGAAGACUACUAGUCAUCCUUUCAUUUUUGCCAAGCACUUAAAAAUGUACAGGCCUCUCCGCCGGAGACCUCCGAGAGCACUCACCCCAUCUCUGAAUAAACUUAAGCGAAAAAGACAAAAAAAGAUGUAUAUAACACAAAUGAAAAAACAAAAAAAAACAACGACAAGCAAACUACCAUGAAACUGGCCCUCAGGGCGAAUGAGCUUUAACUAAAACAGAGGAAAACCCUCCUCGUAGUUUCUCAGUUACUUCUCCUAUUUUUUGUUGUCGUUUUAUUUAUUUUCUGCUUGCAAAAUAGAGCUUUUUUGGCCAAUAAAAGGUCCUUUACUUUACUAGGGCGAUAUGUUACUGUUCAACUGAUGCUCUGUGAAUUUUGGUAGUAAUAGACAAGAGAAGAGAAAUACGCAAAUGGAAAAAUUGAAAAAUAUGACUUCUUUUGUAAUUUUAAAGACCCGUGUUGGUCUUUACCGAUCUGUCACAGUGUGAUUGUAAAUAUCACUUUUUUGGGGGUUAAAUUGGGAAGUCCAGAUAUUUUUUCUUCUUUAAUAUGACUUAUAAUUCAUUGAUUUGUAUUUUAAAUGGUAUUUUGUGAAUGCGUGCCAGUGUGAAUGUAUACGAGGGUAUGAGUGUAUUUGUGCGUUGUGUAAGUGAGCAACCUGUGCAGGUGAUAUCCCAAGAGUGUUUCACACGUACACAAUCUUGCAUUAAAAUCUGUGCUCACUGGUGCGAUUUCCCCAAAAAAAGAUCUUGCGACAAACUGCAUGACCUGGCUCUCCAUUUAGGGGAAUUAACUACUGCUACUCGAUUCUGGCUCGAGAUCGCAAACAUAUGGUUUUACAAAGAGUGUUCUCAACCUACAUUUUUAAGUGAAUGGGUCAUCUUUGCUGAUCAAGGCCACAUCCACACGUAUCCGUUUUCAUUUGAAAACUCGUUAUCAUUUUCCAAAGUAUGCGGUAAUGGAGGAAAACGACGUUCUAGUGUGGAUGAGACACGUAAACGAAAACACAUAAGUGUGGACACGGCCUAAUUUACUCUCAGGUUAUAAACACGACAGAUAGAAGCAAGUACGCGAAUGCUUGACCCGCGCAGUUUCAUUUAGAGGUCGACCGAUAGUGGAUUUUGCCGAAACCGAUACCUGAGGUGGUGGGAAAGGCCGAUAACCGAUUAAUCGGCUGAUAGUUUUUCACAUUGAUUUAUAGAAUGUAACGAUUUUUUUCUUAAUUCUUUCUUUAUUAUGGAGGGCAAAGACGCGAUACUUUUAAGUAUAAACAAGCCCGAAACACACUGGGGACUCUUAUUUUGAAAUGACUAAAUUAUGAAAAAACUAUUGGCAACUAUCGACAGAUUUUUGCAGAUAUCCGAUAGUUCCAAAAAGCAACUAUCGGCACCGAUUAAUCAGUAAAACCGAUAUAUCGGUCUACCUCUAGUUUUAUUGUACAUACUUCACGCGCAUUCUUGCGCUACAGUCACGGUAACAAACCUCAGUACUCUAGGGGGCGAUAGAGUUACCCUUAAAUGUCCUUUAAUGUGCCAUGAAACCACAUGUGUUAUGAUUUAGGUUGCUAGCUAUAAACGUGUUGACAGUAACAGCAAACUGUUCCUUGGUAGAAGACUGUUUACGCUAAUUGCGCUUUGCGUUACAUUGCAUUCUCUUAAGAUCACAUUUCGGAACGCAGUGACUCAUAAAAUCGAGCUUGCGUAGCUAGAAGCGUCUACAUUCACAUUUUUACAUACAGUGUUUUUCGGGCUUAAAGCAGUAGUUCUAUUAAAAAUCCAGGUCAUUUGUUUUUGCCUGGUCUUGACUGAUGUUAAAUCCACCAAUAUAACAUGUAAAGGGGAACACAUAUUACAGCACACAUUUAAAACAACAGUGGGUCUCUAGUUUUCUAGUAGCUUUUGCUAGAUGUUCUAUUGUGUUGAUUUCAUCUUUAAGUUUUGUGGGGAAAAAAUUUAAUGGAUUUGAUCAUUUCUUCAAACUUUUUAUUUUAAUCUUUUUUUUUUUUUUACUGUAGCAUACUAUUUUUAGUUAAAUAAAAAAAGAAUAACUUCUAAUACAUUUAAUGUGUGUACAAAACCUGCCAAUUGUAGUUAUUUUAUUUGUAAAGUCAGCAAUGAUAAUUAUUUUAAAACUGUUAUCAGCCAGUUACCCAUCAUUUAAUAUUUAAUAAUGUUUAACAGGUUUCUAUUUAUGAACAAAAUGAGAUCAAGUUUGCCUAUAACUACAAUAUUUGAAUUCUGUUGUCCUUUUUUAAGGGAAUUGCUAUUUUUCUUCUUCUUUUUCAUUUUUGAAUGCUGUUUUUAUUUUUCUUUCUUUGCCAGCCAGGUCAUUUUGUGUCACUAUGCCUUUUGUUUCAUUUUGUCUGUAAUAAAAAAUGUUAAA